GGAAGACAGUGUCAAACCGUCAAUCACACGCAGCAGCCGGAGGGAGGAGAGAGCGAGGAAGCCACCAGUAUAAAACCAGCGCCGCGUCCCUGGCAAGCAGCGAUCCCGCGACUCAGCCGACGGUUUCCCGUUCCCCCCUCUGACCUGUCCCUCCAUCCUCCUCAAAUUCUCCUCCUCGGCGCCCGCCGUUGACGCGGCCCCGGAGGAGGACGACUCGAGCGCGCCGCCGUCUCCUGCUCCGCCGGCUGCCCUCGCGUCGAGUUUCACAGGGUUGAGCUAGGAGGACUGCGACCAUGAAGGCCCUCAUUCUUGUGGGAGGAUUCGGCACUCGUCUGCGGCCGCUGACGCUCAGCGUGCCGAAGCCGCUCGUCGAUUUCGCCAACAAGCCCAUGAUCCUGCAUCAGAUCGAGGCUCUGAAAGAUGUGGGAGUCACAGAAGUUGUCCUGGCCAUCAAUUACCAGCCAGAGGUCAUGCUCAACUUUCUCAAGGACUUCGAGAGCAAGCUUGGCAUCAAGAUCACCUGCUCCCAGGAGACAGAGCCAAUGGGAACCGCCGGACCGCUGGCCCUUGCCCGCGACAAGCUCGACGACGGAUCCGGCGAGCCUUUCUUCGUCCUCAACAGCGACGUGAUCAGCGAGUACCCGUUCGCAGAGCUCAUCGAGUUCCACAAGUCCCAUGGCGGCGAGGCCACGAUCAUGGUCACCAAGGUGGACGAGCCUUCCAAGUACGGCGUGGUGGUGACGGAGGAGGAGACCGGGAAGGUGGAGCGGUUCGUGGAGAAGCCCAAGGUGUUCGUGGGCAACAAGAUCAACGCCGGCAUCUACCUGCUGAGCCCGUCCGUGCUGGACCGCAUCGAGCUGAAGCCGACGUCCAUCGAGAAGGAGGUGUUCCCGCGCAUCGCCGCCGACAAGGGCCUGUACGCCA